CUCGCAGAGAAAUAUGGAAAUGUAUUUUCAGUGGAGCUUGGGCCGCUGAAGGCAGUGGUGUUGACUGGUUAUGACGCAGUGAAAGACGCUCUUGUGAAUCACGCUGAUCAAUUCAGUGGGAGGCCACCCAUCCCGAUAUUUGACGAUUAUUCAUUCCGAACUGGUGUGAUAUUCAGUGACGGGAAGUUGUGGCGGGAGAACCGAAAGUUUGUGAUCUCAGCUCUCCGAGGCUUUGGCAUGGGCAAGAAAUCCAUUGAAGACAGGAUCAGUGAAGAGGCCAGCUUUCUUGUCAAUGUGUUUGAGAGUCACAAGGGUCAGCCUUUUGAAACAGCACGGAUAUUGAAUUCGGCCGUGAGCAAUAUUAUCUGUUCCAUUCUAUUUGGAGAUCGCUUUGAUUAUGACGACAAAAUAUUUAACUCCCUCAUAAACAUGAACAAUGAGAUGACGAUAUUGGCUGGAACAGCUUCAAUACAAGUAAUUAUCUUUCCAUAUUACUGUACUUGGGAUGGUUAUUUGCAAUUUGGUGUGCAUAAUAAUCCCCUCAUCACUCCAAUGCCAAACAAUGACCAUCUCCA